GUGCAGGGUGCAGACACCAGCCACGGUUUCUUUGUGCUGUCAUGCUUGCGUUCCACCCUCCACAGUGACGUGAUUCCUCGUGUUCCCGUUGCCUUGGCCGCCCCGAUGCUGAUCUUAUGCACACCACCAUUGCUGGUCUUCGUCAGUGCCUUGGACCCAACAUUGGCCCAACAUGUCUCCAGAACUUCCACGAGAUCUCAGCGUAAGCUGAGGGCAGCACAUGUGCAAGAGAGUAAAAUCAGGGAGAACCCUUGGCAUUGCGUGCAAGGUGAGGAAAAUGAAAUUCCGUACAGCCAUUCCUUUGGUGCUGCUGCGGCACUGGGAGGGUGCCUGGCGGGCUUUGUGAACUCAAGACUCUUGCACUUUCUUAUCCCGAAGGACUCGUCGAUCUGGUACGCCCUGGUGCGAUUUCAGGAGAAGCUGCGGGAGCGCAACCCCGUCCCGGCACCAUGCAACAAGGGGCCUCAGCGUGCUCUGACAGCUUUCCAGAUCUUUGACUUUAUGAACGAGUUUCAGCACUACAUCAGAGAUCGAAACUUGUAUUACAUUGACUCGAACAUUGUUCGCCCAUUGACCUCGGAGCUGAAGCUGUCCUUGGCAGAAGUUCUUGGGCCCUGUCAAGUUAGCUGGUUUGUCUCUCACUUUUGGGGAACGAGAUUCACCUACACCUGCGAAGCUCUCAGGCGACAUGCUGAGGCAGUUGUAGUUUCCGACCAUGCCGGAACUUCGUGGGAAUCUGUGUCUUACUGGAUCUGUGCUUUCAGUAACAACCAGUACUGCAUCGAUGAGGAGCUAGGCAAGAGUCACUACGAAUCCUCCUUCUACUUGGCCCUACACAGCAGCUCCGUUCAGGGUACUUGCAUGAUCUUGGAUGAGCAUGCCUUGCCUCUGAGCCUGGGCUGCAGUCGUGCCGUUGCUGAGGUCGUAAGUUGGGUGCGCUUAUUGACAUCGACUGCUGGGGCACUGGACGCACAAGCACAUAUGAGCAUCACAACAUGUUUGUUCAAUUGA